AUGGUGCUUCCCGGUGUUGCUCCCGGGGCAUUGGCGCCGCAGCUUUUUCCAGGAGUACAACGACAAGCAAGUGGCGGGAAAACAAGUGUGACCACACCUAUCGCUGCAACAGGAAAUGGGGCUGCAACACCUGUCACGAGUUCGCAAGGUACUAAUAAUAUGUCAGGUCUUGUUGUUCAAGAUCCUGGUGCCACGGGUAAGUCUGCCGCAAAUAACAGUCUUGCGGCUAGUCGUGGGGGUACAACUACAAGUUCAGGCUGGACCAAGGCAGCCGCCGACAUCAAGGCCAUCACCGGAACGAACAUUAAAGCAGCUGCAGGUGCUCGGGGAAGCGUGCAAGAGAAGGGAGGAAAACCAAGUGCUGCAGUCAGAGACUCGACUCCAGAUAUUCUCCGGGAUAGAGCUACACAGAGCAUGCAGACUCUGCAGUCGCACAUUGCUAGUCAGCAGAUCAGUACGCAGCUGCGAUCGUCCAGCGUUCUCCGCAGGGGUUCCGAGGGUGGUCGGCAAAGUGCCCAACUGAGUGCAGGUACUUUGAAGGAAAGCCCGGUGCUGCAGAGCCGUCUGAAUCCAGCAGCAAUAAUCCCCGAUGUCUCAGGAAGAAACUUGUUCCAGCGUGAUCUGUAUGCUAGUGUUGCUGCGAAGCAGAAGGAAGCGAAUGCAGAUGGCAUGCUGAACCAGGCCGUUGGUGAAGCACCAGGAGGUGAUGCAAGUAGAAGUAGCUCUACUGUAUCUAAGAAUAUGAAAACAACUGCUUGUUCUAGUACUGCUGGUGCAGGAAGUGUCAUGUCUCCUGGACGUCUGUCCACUAGGAGAAGUAGCGCUAUGACGAGUCCAGGCCUGGCGGUUCUCAUGCCGCCAUCCCGCGUGUCGGUCGAGGGUUUGGACUGGAGCUCGCCAAGGGACGUGCUGUCGAGUCCACGGCGCUCUUCCGAAAGUAACAACGGUAAGAUUCUUUCCCAAGUUCCCGGCGUCGAUCCCGUAGAACUACGAACGGACGGCUUUAACCUACAACAAGGUCAAGGAGCCGACUCAGACGCAUCAGGAAGCUCACUCAGGAAGAGCUUUGGGGCUAGGAAAAGCGGUAGACGAAGCAAGGUUAACCACGCGGAACGUGUCAGCACUUUCUUCCAACAAGGUGCUUCCUCGAAAACGACUGAACAAACAGAUGGUGGAGCUGCUGGUGGCGGAGCCGGAGCAAAAGAACAGGAGCAAGCAGAUCCAGAUGAUGGUACUAGACGUCUUAAGCGGGAAAUAACAGCAGCAGCCGUCGACACAUCAGCAGCUGCUCUUUCAGGAGGUGAUAGCUCGCCAGGGAGCACGACUGAUGUGCUGAAGUCCACCGCUUCGCGAAAAUCAACAGACACGCACACCGGUGCAAAGGUUUCGCCUGGUGUGGAUAUCGAUCCUACGCCGCAGGAAGAUUACUCUGUAGCGGCUGACCUGAAGGUGAUGCAAACCGAGGUUGG